CUUAACAGUUGUGUGGAUGUUGUAAUAAUGUCACAAUUUGUAAACAAUACCAAUAAGAAGUUACAACGUACACCAGUCAUUGAGGGCUUGGUCAAUGCCUUGCUAUACUCUGCCAAUGACAGUGAUGAAUCAGUACGCAACAGUGUCAUUGCCUCAACCUAUGAGAUUGGUUUCAGACAACCAAACACUGUCCUAUCACUUGCCAGUGAAUAUCUUACAAAGUUCCCAAAGAUCGAUCAAACACAUAGAGUCACUAUAUUAAAGUCAAUACAUCAGAUUAUUGGAGAGAAACGUGAUGAGAUUGUUGACUCUUUGGCGUUGGAAUUGGUAAAGUUGGGAAUAAGUGAAAUGACACGUGAUAAAGAAGUCAAUCCUGAUUGGCAACAGGCUGCAUCAUCAAUAUUAGUAUCCUUGUGUCUUAGAUAUCCAGGUUUGAUCAUGGAUGAACUCAUAAAGCGUUUCGAGACUGGUUCCAUCCCUCACUUCUUCAUCAUGAAGACUUUGGGUGAUGUCAUUGGAUCAAAUCCAAUCCCAACUGUACCAAGAAUACGUGAGGUAUUGUCUAGAGUACUACCUAUACUUGGAUCAAUCAAACAUGAUAAUAUCAAAUGGGUGUUUGCAUCAGCGCUUGGACAAUUCGCAGACGCCAUCGUUGUAUACGUGUCAAACAUUGACUCUGGAUCGGACAAGUCACUCAACCUCUACAGCUUCAGCUCAGAGUUCUAUCCAGCGUUGGAGCUCAUGUAUGGCAAGUGGCUCAGCAACAACCAGGACAAGGUGCGACUGGUCACCAUCCAGGCGAUCGGAUCCAUCUGCGCCAUCCUGUCGGUGGAGCAGCUGGACGCCCAGGCCAACCGUCUCAUCUCAGGCCUGAUGCCCAUGUUCAAGAAGGAGAAGGACCUGCUUCCCGUCUGUCAGGCGCUCACCAACAUCCUGGACGUCUGCGUCAAGCACGAGCUCAAGACACAGGUCGAGCCCACGCUGCCACUUAUCACCCUCACACUGCACCCACUGGUGUGCACCACGCCCGACUACAACAACCCGUCGUCGUUCAAGAUCUUCAACGAGGUGCUGCGCGCCUUCGAGAUCAUUGGACGUGGCUUCCCAGAUCAGCUGGUGCACUUCCUCUCACAGCGUCUUGAGAUCAAGGACCCCAGGUCGCGUGCCGGCUGUCUCUCGAUCACCAAGCACGUGGUCACGCGUCUCGACGCCGAGCUGGGUGAGGAAAAGAAGAUGAUGAUACUCUCUGCGAUCAAGCCACUGAUCCUCACCGAGACAUCGAUGUUUGUCAAGAAGUAUCUGGCACAGGUCGUCAUUGCCAUGGCCUCGCACGGCUACCUCCAUCUCGAGGGUGGCCAGAGCAUGAUCGAGUUCAUUGUGAAGGGCGCCAGCUACUUUGUCGACUCGGACAUUGGCAAGCCAAUGCCACCUGCAGAGAAGAAGAAGGAGCCCGUCAACGAGAUGACCGUCACCGAUCUCGAGUUCCGCAAGAUAUGCGAUGAUGUGCUCAACCUCAUCACCACCACCAUCCCCGACAUGGAUGCCGUGCUGUGGCCCUACCUCUUUGAGUCAAUCACACCGAUCGAGUACACGGGCGCCGCCGCUAUCGUGGCCAAGUGCAUCGGACACAUUGCCAGCAACAAACGCGAGCAGGAGGCCGAAGAUUAUUACAUUGACUUUGACAAGGAGGUCAACUUGCCCAAACCCACACAGAUCAUUGCUCGCUACUUUGUGUUGUUGACGGCACCACAUCGUCGCAAUGAGUUGGGCACACGUGUGCUCGAGGCCAUGCGCUCUAUCGGACCCAUUCUCCAUCCGUCCAUUUGUGACAUGUGGGACAUCACAUUGCCCAAGCUCGGACAGUACCUCGCCGACCAUCCCGAUGGUGAUCAGUUCAACAAGAAUCAAUGGGAGGAGCUGGUGCUCCGUCUUUUGUCCGAGACGAUCAAGAACGCCGCCGACGACGAGUGGACUGUGUCGCUGGGCUCGGCGCUGGCCGAUCAGACUGAUCAUUACAAGCGCGACCCAAUCCUCAAGAGAUCACUGUUCAAACAACUUGGACUGAUCAUGCAGAAGUGUUCACACAAGGAGUUUGUCAAGACAAAGAUCGAGUACAUGUUCAACUCUGUCGACUACACCAACCACCUCGAGAACGAAGGUUGCGCCAUCGGACUCGGAUACUGCUCAGCCUCUCACUUUGACAUUGUUCUUGAGAAGAUUGGAUCGUUUAUCAAGAACAACAUGGCCAAGAAGUCUGGAUUCUUCAAGAAGACAGGUAUCAAGGGUAUUAAGAACUGUAUCUUGCUGAGCUUGGCAUACUGCGCCACAUACUCGCAAGCUACAUUGUUGUCGACUAGAGUGGAGGUACAUAUACUCAGCCCAAUUAGACCUUGCAUCAACACACUGAAGAAGCCACCAAAGAAGUUGUCGGCCAUCAAGAUGAUUGAUCACUUGGGCAAGGCAUUGCAUGAGGACAAGGUGCCAAACUUUGUGUUCAAACAGCGCGAUGAACUAUUCAAAAUCAUCAUUGGAUACAUGUCUGUGGGUGCGGUCACGCCACAGGUCAAGAUAGACGGCAUCAACGCGUGUGCCACAUUAAUCAACCUCAGCCCGGCCCUACCACUCGAGCUGGAGACCCAGAUCGUCACACUGCUACUGCAGUUCUACAACACACCAGAGGACUCUGAGCAGUCCGCCCAACUCGUGGAGACAAUCAACAGUCUGUUCUCCACAUUGCUCUUCAAUCAGACCAGCAUCGUGUGUCUCAACAGACUCAUCGCGUAUCUGGACCCCCUGACGCGCUCCAAGGAGACUCAUCUACGCGAGCGAUCACUCAACUGCAUGCUGCACAUUGUAAAGAAGUUCAUCGAGUACACCACCGAUGCCGAGCAACUCCCCACUGAGAAGAAGUUUGAGCGCGUCGGUCAUGCAGUCUCCAUUAUCGUUCCAAGGAUCUGUGAUCCAGAGUCAUCGAUCAGGAAGAACGCCGUAGAGUCCAUGCAAUUGGUACUUUACAUUGACCACAUGCUCAAGAAUGUAUCACAUGAGAACAGGAGAGUGAAGCCAGUUGACACGAUUCAACCAUUCACACAGAUGAAGGAGACGAUCAUGACGGAGGAGGUCAACGAACAGUUCACUCUGGCAUUGGAGAUCUCGAAUAUUAUCGCCAAGAUGUUGACACUUGAUGAGAUACCAGUGUUCUUGGAGGGCACACUCAAGGGUCUGCAAGACCACCAGACCCUCAGUACCAACGGUACCUGUAUCAUAUUGAAUGGAGUGAUCAAAGCACGUGGUGGAGAACUCGGUGACUACGUCACACCUUUGGUCAAGGGACUGGUGUCAGCCAUGGAGACCAUCACCUCUGAUACCACAAUGAAUGGAACGUUGGCAUCCAUCAGGAGUUUGUCCAAUCACCACCUCAUUCCAGUCCUUGGAGUCCUGCUUGAGUAUCCAAUGCCACACUCUGUACAUGUUAUCAAAUCACUUCAAACGCUUGCCAAGGACAAGAACUUGGUAGUGCCAACCAUUACAUUCUUGAUGGACCUGCUCAAUAACAAGCCAAUCUAUGAUGAUAAGCCUGAUCCAAAGGACAAGAAGAGGACAGUGCCAUCACCCUACCCAAUUGCAUUGGCUGCCACCUGUUCAAUCGGUGAGAUACUCCAAGUUGAGGAGCUUAGUGAGAUUGCCAACACAUACUACUGUCAGUUCUUCUCAACUCUUGCACUCCGAGCUGGAACAACAAACAACUCACUUCCAGGUGUCAUUGAGCCACCUGCAGGCUCAAAGGCCAAGCCAGUCCACAUCAUCCCAUCACAACAACUUGUUACAUCAUUCAGACAGUUCUUUAAGUGCACCAAGGAGGAUGAUGUGUUGGAGUUGAUUGAGAACAAGGGAAGCAUGGCAGGACUGGAAGGACCAACAUACCACAUCGCAAUUCAGGAGAUAACGGCACAGUUUGCUCAUAGCCACCCAGAGUUGAUAAAGGGUGUGUUUGAGUUCCUAUUGCCAUACCAACGCGCCAACUACGUUCCACAACGAGUGAUCACCCUGUCCAUCUACUCUGAGCUCAUCAAUCACUGCAAGGACAAGGAUCUGCUGCAGAAGCUCAUUAACACGCUGCUCAAUUCGCUGGUUGAGCCCGCCCUCAAGUUGAUCUCACUCAAAGGACUGAGCAACAUUGUCAGCGCCGGAGAGGAGUCCACCAACCGUUACGCGCCAACCGUCAUCGACGCCAUAUCAUCAUCGAUCGACGAUUCCGACGAGGUGAUGGCUAUGGAAUCCAUGUUAGGCUUAUCCAAGAUUUUCACGAUCGUAGACGAGGCUCGUGUGGCGCCUAUCCUAGUCAACAUUUGCAACCGAAUCAAGCCAGCCUUUGAGAAGCCCAACAACGAGAUUCGCGCUGCCUCGUUCACACUCUUUGGCUCACUGUGGCGCUUUGGCUCUGGCAUGGCAUGCGAUCCAUUCUACGAGCAGAUACACUACAAUUUGCCGUCGAUCAUCAUGCAUCUCAACGACGAAUCACCAUUGGUGCGAACGGCCUGCAAGACCACGCUCAGACAACUGAGCAAACUGCUGCGAACUGAAGAGGCCAAGGCACUGUUCCAUCGAAAGAACUUUGACGUGGACGCCACACUGGACUACGACGCAUUCCUUGAGGAUUUCUCAAAGGUGAUGAUCACACUCUACACCGAUCGCAUCAACUACUUCAUCAUGACCAGCAUCGAGUAUUACAAGAGUCCUUGGGUGCAGCUACGUGGAAACGCCGCCACUCUCACUGGAUUCAUACUUGGAUACCUUCCAUUCGAGAAGAGACAGAGAGAGACCUCCCUGAACCCUUCGAUCAUCACCAAGGCUCUCGCGCAACUACUGGGAGAGAAGAGUCCAGUGGUCAGGAAGAAGGCUGCAGACGCCAUCUCCUUCCUCCACGCUUACUAA